AAACUCUCGCGGGCUAAGCAUAAACCCUCGCCUUCACUUCUCUCUUCACUUCAUCACCGGAAGCACCUUCCAGUCUCCGGCGAAGAUGACGAAGGUAUACGGCACCGGCACCUACGACUUCAAGCGACACCGGGUCGCGGAGUACCCCGUCGAGGUACCUAACCAGCCCGGCGACAAACCCGUCGAGACGAAACAGGGAUCCACCGUCCCCAGCUCCAUCACCCUGUCGGAGAUUCAGCGCGACCGACUGACCAAAAUCGCCUCUGCUAACUGGCUCAAGUCCGGCGACAAUGCGGAACAGAAGAAGGAGGAGUUCGACCCCGGGCUCGUCAAGGAGAUUUACGAGACCGAGCUGCUGGUUAAGUCCGGGAGGAAGCCUGUCCCCCUGCAGCGGGUGAUGAUUCUGGAAGUCAGCCAGUAUUUGGAGAAUUACCUGUGGCCGAACUUCGAUCCCGAAGCUGCAACCUUCGAGCAUGUCAUGUCGAUGAUUAUCAUGAUUAAUGAGAAGUUUAGAGAGAAUGUUGCAGCUUGGAUAUGCUUCUACGACAGGAAGGAUGUGUUUAAGGGAUUCCUUGAGAGAGUUCUUCGGCUUAAGGAGGGAAGGAAGCUAAGUAUUGCUGAGAAGACAAAUUACUUGGUCUUCAUGAUUAAUGCAUUCCAGAGCUUGGAAGAUGAAAUUGUUAGCGAGACUGUCCUCAGACUAGGGAGUCUCUUGUCCUGGCACAGCUUGUCAUAUGGUCGAUUUCAGAUGGAGCUUUGUCUUAAUCCUGAUUUGAUCAAAAAAUGGAAAAGAAUGAUAAAGAGAGAGGCAAAGGAUGCCAGUAAAAGAGGAGAGGCUUUUGACCCUUCGACCAAAUUGGAAGUGAAGUUUUUGAGGAAUCUGAUGGAAGAGUUCUUGGAGGUACUUGACCACAAUGUUUUCCCAAGACAACAUUAUGUUGAUGAAGAUGGUCAACAUAUUGAGUCUGAUGGUUUGGGUGAAGCUGAUGAUGCAUCCGUUUUGUACUGUGAAAGAUUUAUAGAAUUUCUCAUCGACUUAUUAAGUCAACUACCAACCAGAAGGUACCUAAGGCCUCUUGUAGCUGAUGUGGCUGUUGUGGCCAAAUGCCAUUUAAGUGUGCUGUAUAGACAUGAAAAGGGGAAACUCUUCGCUCAACUGGUUGACCUUCUACAAUUUUAUGAAGGUUUUGAGAUUAAUGAUCAUGUAGGGACACAACUCACAGAUGAUGAGGUCCUCCAGUCCCAUUAUGACCGGAUGCAAUCUUUCCAACUACUUGCUUUUAAGAAGGUUCCCAAGUUGCAAGAACUUGCAUUGGCUAACGUUGGUGCAAUUCAUAAGCGUAUUGAUCUGUCGAAGAAAUUGUCUGUGCUUACACCGGAGGAGUUGAAGGAGCUGGUCUGUAGUAAGCUGAAACUGGUGUCUAAGGAAGAUCCAUGGUCAGAAAGGGUUGAUUUUCUUAUCGAAAUCAUGGUCUCUUUUUUCGGAAAGCAACAAUCUCAGAAAGAAGCUAUAAAUUCUCUUCCACUUUACCCAAACGAGCAGGUUAUGUGGGAUGAAAGCGUUGUACCGAGCAUAAAUUACUCUGGGGAAGGUUGUCUGGCUCUGCCCAAACUGAAUUUACAGUUUUUGACUCUUCACGACUAUCUUCUACGGAAUUUUAAUCUUUUCCGCCUAGAAUCAACAUAUGAGAUCCGUGAGGAUAUUCAGGAGGCUGUACCCCACCUACUUGCUUACAUCAAUAAUGAAGGAGAAACUGCAUUCCGUGGUUGGUCAAGAAUGGCUGUUCCUAUUAAGAAUUUUAAGAUUACCGAGGUAAAGCAGCCAAAUAUUGGGGAGGUGAAGCCUGCUGCUGUGACAGCGGAAGUAACUUUUAGCAUAUCUAGUUAUAAAGCACAAAUAAGAUCAGAAUGGAAUGCCCUCAAAGAGCACGAUGUUCUAUUCUUGCUUUCCAUUCGCCCUUCUUUUGAGCCUUUAAGUGCUGAAGAAGCAGCAAAAGCAAGUGUGCCCCAGAGGCUUGGCCUUCAAUUUGUACGAGGUUGUGAAAUUAUUGAGUUUCGCGAUGAGGAGGGAACUCUAAUGAAUGAUUUUACGGGAAGGAUCAAACGGGAUGAGUGGAAACCACCAAAAGGUGAAUUGAGAACUGUAACAGUUGCCUUGGAUACAGCGCAGUACCAUAUGGAUGUCACUGAUAUUGCAGAGAAAGGUGCAGAAGACGUGUAUGGCACAUUCAAUGUGCUGAUGAGAAGAAAACCAAAGGAAAACAAUUUCAAAGCUAUUCUAGAGUCAAUAAGGGAUCUUAUGAAUGAGUACUGCAUUGUUCCUGAUUGGUUGCACAAUAUAUUUCUGGGAUAUGGUAAUCCUUCUUCAGCACAGUGGACGAAUAUGCCGGAUCUUUUGGAAACAGUCGAUUUUAAAGAUACUUUUCUUGAUGCAGACCAUUUGAGAGAGUGUUUCUCUGGCUAUGAGGUUUCUUUUGUCAAUCCAGUCGGGACGGAGAAUUUGCUUCCCACACCGCCUUUUCGUAUUAGGCUUCCUAGGAACUUUAAAGGCAAUACACAUGCUCUUCCUGGGAACAAGAAAUCUGGCACCGAUUCGCUUGGUGAUAGCAAUAUGGUGGAUACUAGUGGCAAGAAGGGGCAACUUGUGGUUGAGGCUUACAUUCCUCCUGAUCCUGGCCCAUAUCCUCAAGAUCGGCCUAAGCAGAACUCUGUUAGAUUCACGCCCACGCAGAUUGGAGCAAUUAUAUCUGGUAUUCAGCCUGGACUUACAAUGGUUGUUGGUCCACCUGGUACGGGAAAAACUGAUACAGCUGUGCAAAUAUUGAAUGUUCUUUAUCAUAACUGCCCUUCUCAGAGAACAUUGAUAAUUACGCAUUCAAACCAGGCAUUGAAUGACCUUUUUGAGAAGAUAAUGGAGAGGGAUGUGCCUGCUCGUUACCUUCUUCGUCUGGGUCAAGGCGAACAGGAACUAGCGACGGAUCUUGACUUUAGCCGGCAAGGUCGUGUCAAUGCUAUGCUUGUCAGACGUUUGGAAUUGCUAAGUGAAGUAGAAAGGCUUGCAAGAUCUCUAGGCCUGCCAGAGGAUGUAGGUUAUACUUGUGAAUCAGCUGGAUACUUCUGGUUACUCCACGUAUACUCGCGAUGGGAACAGUUUCUAGCUGCCUGUGCUGAUAAGGAGGACAAACCCACAUUUGUCCAGGACCGUUUCCCUUUCAAAGAAUUCUUCUCAAAUACUCCUCAGCCUGUUUUCACGGGUCAGUCUUUUGAGAAAGACAUGCGAGCAGCUAAGGGUUGCUUUCGCCAUCUCAAGACCAUGUUCCAGGAGCUUGAGGAGUGCAGGGCAUUUGAGUUACUUAAGUCUACUGCUGAUCGAGCAAAUUACUUGAUGACCAAGCAGGCAAAGAUUGUGGCAAUGACUUGCACCCAUGCAGCUCUUAAGAGGAAAGACUUUCUUCAGUUAGGUUUCAAGUACGACAACUUGCUAAUGGAAGAAAGUGCACAGAUACUGGAAAUUGAGACGUUCAUCCCCAUGUUACUCCAGAGGCAGGAAGAUGGUUAUGCACGACUUAAGCGCUGCAUACUCAUUGGUGAUCAUCACCAGUUGCCUCCUGUUGUUAAGAACAUGGCUUUUCAAAAGUACAGUCAUAUGGAUCAGAGUCUCUUCACAAGAUUUGUUCGUCUUGGAAUUCCAUAUAUUGAGCUUAAUGCCCAGGGAAGAGCCAGGUCGAGUAUCGCAGAGCUAUACAACUGGAGGUAUCGUGACUUGGGGGACCUUCCUUUUGUGAGGCAGGAAGCCAUCUUUCAUAAAGCAAAUGCUGGGUUCACAUAUGAUUAUCAGUUGAUUGAUGUCCCUGAAUACCAUGGGAGAGGUGAAAGUGCUCCUUCUCCAUGGUUCUAUCAAAACGAGGGGGAGGCUGAAUAUGUAGUUAGUGUCUAUAUGUACAUGCGUCUGCUGGGGUAUCCAGCAAAUAAAAUCUCUAUAUUGACAACUUACAACGGCCAGAAGCUUCUGCUUCGUGAUGUUAUCAACCGGCGGUGUGCUCCUUACCCCUUUAUUGGCCCACCCAGCAAAGUUACCACUGUUGAUAAGUUUCAAGGGCAGCAAAAUGAUUUUAUUCUGUUGUCUCUCGUGCGUACUCGCUUUGUGGGCCACCUACGUGAUGUGAGAAGAUUGGUUGUCGCCAUGUCUCGUGCCAGACUUGGAUUGUAUGUGUUCUGUCGGCGUUCUCUCUUUGAGCAAUGUUACGAACUCCAGCCAACUUUUCAGCUUCUACUGAAGAGACCAGACCGCCUUGCCCUUAAUCUUUAUGAAAGCUCUGCACACACUGAAAGGCCUGUUGGGGACACCAGAGAUCAAUAUCUAGUCAGUGGUGUUGAGGAGAUGGCGAACAUAGUUAAUAGCAGAAUAUAUCAUAUAUAUCAGGUGCAGAUGAUGAGCCAGCAACCCGAUCAGUUCAUGACUGAUGAUGGGAAGGUAGAUGGAUCUAAUGGUGAAGUUGAUGCACAAAAUAGCCACAGGAAUUCCGAGGAUGCAAUGGAUAUGAGCAUGCCUGCAUCUAACAAUGAGGAGGCUGGAGACCUGCCCUCAGAAAGUAAGUUGGAGGAUAACUCCAUGGAUAAUGGAACUGCCCAAAUGGAAGUUGAUACUGGAGAUGAGAACAGCGUUCAGCCUGAGAGCAAAUCCAAUGGACAAGAAGGCAGGACAGCAUAGUGCAAGCCGGUAAGGGUCACAUCCCGGGACGCUGCUUGUAUCAGUAGGUAAAGGCUAAUUAGCUUGUCAACUGUGGGCAUCUCUCGCUCAUUUCCUACUCCCCCAGGCAAAGAUUGCAGAACGGUGGAGCAUGGAACUCAAAAGUUGGUGAGAUUUUAGCUCACUUUCGACAGGUAGUGUUGGAAUUUUGAUAUCAACGGAUGAAGUUGGCGUUCCUGUCGGGCUAUUUGUCCGACUGUUCUUGGUGAUUUUGUUAAGUGAUGAUUCUCGGAUGUGGCUUGCUUUCGGGACACUAGCCUUGUCUAGCCGUCGGUCCCGUAUGAUAUUCUGAUCCUUUACUACUAUGUAUUGUAUGGCCUAACAUGGGGAGACAUGCGUUCGUCAAUGGGAAUAUAAUUUCAAGGCUCGGUAGAAUCUGAUUCCACCUAAACGUGAUGGGCCCAUGGUGGGGAUUUGAUCGAUUUAAAUUUGGUGACAACUAGCGCAUUGUGUGGGAAUGGUUAUUAAUUUUUUGAUAGAAAAUAAUAUCAAUUGAGUAAUUAAAUGA